AUGGCUGAGGAGGGUUAUUACUAUGAAUCAAGAUUUGUCUGCAAGCUCUGCAACAAGAAAUUCCCAUGUGGGAAAUCACUGGGGGGGCACAUGAGGUCUCACGUUGUAGCGAAUUCAGCCGAAUCGGACGAACUUUUCGAUAAAAAAAUCCAAUCUUUCGCCGAUUUCGAUCAUCAGUCCAGCUCGAAAGACUCGAGGAUCGCCGAAUUCGUAAACGGGCAGCAGUCGAGCUACGUGUUGAGAGAGAAUCCCAAGAAAACGUGGCGGGCAGCCGACACUACACGAGUCCCAUUGCCUCAGGACAAAAUCUGCAAGCAAUGUGGGAAAGGGUUUCAAUCUAUGAAGGCUUUGUGUGGACACAUGGCUUGCCACUCGGAGAGGGAUAAAAACUCGAAAGACGAUAGUUCUUGGACGAGCGAGAAUCAAAAGGCGGUGCUCGACAGCUGUUCGGAUACAGAGGAAGGAGAGGAAAGGAGAAUUCGAACACGAUCAUCUUCCAAGAGCAGCAAGAGGUACAAGAAAUUCGUCGAGAAAUCAUCUCAGUUUUUUGCUCUGGCUAACAAUAAUUAUAAUAAUGUGAAUGGCUCUUCAUCUAUGUCUGAGAUUGAUGGACAAGAUCAUGAGGAGGUAGCUAUGUGCCUUAUGUUGCUGUCGAGGGAUUUAGGGAAUAAUAAUAAUUAUUCAGUGGUCGAGUCAUCGGAUAAUAACUCGGUUGUCUUGGAGACUAAGUCUUCUUCUAUCGAGAUGAGGAAAAUGGAGAAUGAGAAGAAAAUCGCGAAUAAUGAUAGUGAUGAUAAGUUGAAAGGCAAGAUUUUGGACGAUGAAAAUGCUCAAGUGGAGGAUGAUUUCAAUUCCGAUUCCGGCUAUUUCUUGGACGAGCGUGCUAAAUCCGAUUCCGACCCAUCGGUCGAUUGGUUCAAGAAGAGCUCGAAAGGGAACGACCUGAGAAAAUCGAGCAAGGAUGAAUAUUAUUAUGAUGAUGAUCGUGAUGUCGAAUCUCGAAAGAGAAAAUAUUUGGCUUCUCAACAAAAUCCCGAUGAGACUCCUCAUAAAAAGAGCAAAUAUGAAUGCUACAACUGUAAGAAGAGUUUCAAGUCUUAUCAGGCUCUUGGGGGCCACAGGCCAUGCCACAAAAGGACGAAUGCUUUUAACGAGAGCCGAGACGAGAGUGGGGAAAAUAGCCCGGACGAGUCUGCUGAUUACAGCAAGAAAAAAUCAAGCGCUGCUAAAAAGACUAAGGCAGGUACUAAGGGAAAAGACCAUAUUUGCCCGUUUUGCGACAGGGUUUUUAAGAACGGUCAGGCUUUGGGUGGACACAAGAGGUCCCAUUUUAUCAUUACAGGUCCAGUUGAGAACGAGAAUACAAGUCGUGGUGCAGCUAAGGCUGAUGAGCUUCGCGGCUUGCUUGAUCUUAAUCUUCCGGCUCCUGAGGAUGAUGGGGAUAACUAA